AAGGAGACUGUAUCACCUGACAAGGACCCUGGCGGGGCAAUGGCGGCGCCCGUGCAGCGCUGGUCCUGUGUUGGAAAGCGUUGGGUUUUAACCUACGUUGACGGCGGUUCUCGCCACGGAAGAGGGGCUGCGAUUGGGUUCACGUCCAGGAGGAAAAGAGGACAGAGCUCCGUGGCUCAGCAGCCCCUCAUCACCGCCCAGAAGUCAAGGAAAGGCGAACACGAGUGGGCAGCUGUGGUAGGUUUGGAAAUUCAUGCCCAGAUCUCUUCCAACUCUAAACUCUUCUCUGGAUCUCAAGUCCACUUUGCAGCACCUCCAAAUUCUUUGGUAUCUUUUUUUGAUGCAUCUCUGCCUGGAACUCUGCCGGUUCUCAACAGGAGGUGCGUAGAAGCAGCCGUGAUGACAGGCCUGGCCCUGAACUGCCGCAUCAACAAGAAGUCCUUGUUUGACAGGAAGCACUACUUCUAUGCGGACCUCCCUGCAGGCUACCAAAUUACCCAGCAAAGACUCCCGAUUGCUGUGAAUGGCAGCUUAGCGUACAGUGUCUGUGUGGGGAAGAAGCCGAGUCAGGUGAGCACCAAGACCGUGAGGAUCAAGCAGAUCCAGCUGGAGCAAGACAGUGGCAAAAGCCUCCAUGAUGAGCCGCGGUCUCAGACACUCAUCGAUUUGAACAGGGCAGGAGUUGGCCUUCUGGAAGUGGUGCUGGAGCCCGACAUGUCCUGUGGAGAAGAGGCAGCAUCAGCCGUCAGGGAGCUGCAGCUGAUACUUCAAGCCCUGGGGACCAGCCAGGCAAAUAUGGCAGCCGGGAGGUCGCUGGUGACUUUGAGGAGGCAUUUUCAGAGAGGCGGGGACGGAAGCCCAGCUGAAACACAAGAGGGCCAGUUGAGAGUGGAUGCCAAUAUAUCUGUGCAUCAUCCUGGAGAGCCUUUGGGUGUUCGAACUGAAGUGAAGAAUCUCAAUAGUGCCAGGUUCUUGGCCAAAGCAAUAGACUUUGAAAUUGAGAGACAAAUCCACGAACUUGAGAAUGGACGUAAAAUUCUGAAUGAAACGCGCUCGUUUGACUACAAGCUGGGGUGCACCAUGCCGAUGAGAGACAAAGAAGGAAAACAAGACUACAGGUUUAUGCCCGAACCCAACCUGCCUCCCCUCCUGCUCCAUGACACCGCGUCUCUGCCUCCCGGUGCAGACCCACAGCAAGUGAUCAACAUUGACUGGAUUCGGGAGCGGCUCCCUGAGCUGCCCAGUGAGACCCGGGAGAAGCUCAUUCAACAGUAUGGGAUGCUGCCAGAACACAGCUUCGCCUUACUGAAUGAAGUUGGCCUACUGGAGUUCUUCCAAAAUGUGAUAAAAGAAACUAGGGCAGAGCCAAAAAAAGUAACUAGUUGGGUCCUCAACAUUUUUCUGGGUUUUUUAAAGCAACAGAACCUUACUGUCAAUGAGAGUCCUGUCACACCUUCUGCGCUGGCUGAGCUGCUCAACCUGCUGGACAGAAAAGCCAUCUCUUCAUCAGCAGCUAAACAGGUGUUUGAGGAAUUGUGGCAGAGUAAAGGGAAGACUCCAUCGCAGAUUGUUUCAGAAAAGAAGCUUGAACUGAUGCAGGAUCAAGAGGCGCUGGAACGGGUCUGCCACACCGUGAUGGAGGGGCAUCCUCAAGUGGUAAUGGACGUGAAGAGGGGAAACCCCAGAGCUAUAAACAAACUGAUUGGGUUGGUCCGAAAAGCAACUCUCAGCCGAGCAGACCCGACUGUGAUAAAGAAGAUCCUGGAGAGGAAGCUGUCGUCAUGAGCCGUUCUGGGUCCCUCUGUGCCCGAAGGAGAGCAGAGUGGCCUCGACUGAGAACAGGAGCCCGUGACGCGUGCCAUCCGGGGGCUCCCAGGCCCUGGCCCCAGCUACAGCCCCGGGAUGCCACCUACACAGACAGACCAGCCCCGACAGCCCGGCUGCCUCACUUACUUCGAGAUGGUUCCAGAUGCAGUGGUGGGGAAGAAAUAGCACAGUUCCAGUGCUCAGUGAUUCGGAACUAAGUGAGACCCUGUUUCAAAUGCUGUCACCGUUCUGAGAAAACUUUUCAUUCGUUGGGAUGCAGUAUUUUAGACCUGAAAGUAGAUGAGUGGAGCUAAAAACCACCACAGAAUCGACACGUUGUAAACAGGAGGCCUCGUGCGGAUGGGAAGGAGGGUGUUAGUCUUACUACCUUCCCUCAUCCAUGGACUCAAAAGUGUCUUUGCCUGUUCAGCUCCCUAGGGAUCCCAGAAGGUAGAGGUCUGAGAAUUAAAUGAAAAAUUUUUUGUUAAAAAUACACACACACACACAGAAGUUUUCAAAUAAAUUUAAUGAAUAAAAUAGUGAACUAUCACAUAAAAAAUUAACUUACACUUCAAAGAUUGUGCAGUUGACAACUCCCUCCCCACCCCCACCCCCACCCCCAGGCCAAAGAAAGAUAAACAAGCCGUAACAUUAAAUUGAUUUGUUCUGCCUGGGAAGAAUAAGAUGAUAAACUAGAACAUCAGAAUCUUGACCUUUAACAGUAAUUGUGGUACAGUUAACAACACCCUCGUGAAGGCUGGGCUGGCUUGGCCCCUGCACUCGGGAUGGGAAUGCCAUUGCUCUCUCCUGCACCCAGCGUGCACCGCGUGCCGCUGUUCCUUCUGACUCGCCACACUUAACGACCGGUUUCAAGGCUGCUUCUGAAGAGUACAUGUCAAACUGUGGCAUCAGGAGGAGAACAGACUCUCUGCAGUCUCAGAUGUUACACAGAAUUGCCAAGCCUACCCAGGAGAGUCCGAGCACUUCCCUCACGAUGCUGCCGUGGCAGCUGGGGGACUGGGGACAAGCAGGCCUUCCCUGUCACCAAUGUAGCAGUGAACAGUGCUCAGGACUUCCCUCCCUCAGAGUGUGACGGAAGCCUCCCUCGGACCCUGCCGGGAAAGCAGGGACAGAAAGGAAACCAGGUGUGUGGUUUAUUCCAGACAAGCAUGAGGAGGUAAGGUUUUAAAAAAAAAAAAACUUUCAAAAAGAAUGACUUAGAAUAUUGUGAGAGAAGGUGUUCCCUCACCCAGGAGGCCGUGUGGCCCUCACGCAUUCUGCUCCAAUACUGGAAACUACUGAACCCAGAAGUAAGAUAUUUUUUCUUUUCAAGAGAGAAAGGCAGAGUCCAUUCUCUCUCCUCGCAUUGCAGGUCUGAAUUACAAAUGGGCAAAGACGUUUGAGACUGGAUUUUGGCAGGAUCGUUGUUUUAUAAGAAAUAAUAGGGUUCAGCUUUGUUUUACAAACUCCAUUUUCACCAAAGGUCUGGCUUCUGGGACAUCAAACUUUACAGAAGCCACUGGGGGAUCUUUCCACACCAUUUCAAAUCAAGGCCUUGCUUAAAUGGGUGAUGGGGUGGGGGGGGCGGGGUGAGGAGGCAGCUGAUGGAGACAGUUUCCCAAAACUGUUAUGUCCAGUGUGAACUGUACUAUGGACUGAUCAUUUCCAGAGAAAAAUGCCAUCAUGAGAACACCUGACCUUUAAGUGAUGGGUGUUGACCUCUGACAACUUCCCCAUGGUCUUGAAUGCCCACAGUUGAAAUCCUGAAAACUGGACAGUUACAUUGUUAUAACUGCUAAUAGAAAAGGCACAGCUCAGAUACCUUCCUUGGAACCUGACUAUAUAUUCAAAAGAUAUGUUUGCAUAAUGGUGUCAGAAAUUCACAAAGUAUGGCUCUGCUCAUAAACAGGCCUCAGUCAAAUAUAGUUUGAAAUACGUCUUUGCAUGAGUGAGAA